UACACACUUUAUUUCCUGCGUAUAGCGCGCCCCGCCGGCGGGGGCGAUUAUCGGCCUCGUCCGGCCAUUUCCGCCACUGUUCUGAAACGGCAUCCUGCCAACGCGCUCUGCGCAGGAACCGCGCAGCGCCUGAAGUGGCAAACAGCACCACCUGAACGCGCACGUACGCGUCCCACCUACGGAGAAACGUACGUUCACGCAUUAGUGCCGUGAGGUGGGCCGCGCUGCGCUGCUGUCUGACAUCCGAGCUGCGAAGGACCAUUCUCAGCCCGGCUGACAGGGCCCACAAUUCGCCGUUUUCCGCACAGCCAGCCAACAUGCCCGAGAGGAGGCCCUUCGCCCGGCUCCCUACCGACGUGAGUCCCGUCAACUACGCGCUAUGGUUGAAGCCCGACCUGGUGGACUUCACGUUCGAGGGCAAAGUGGAGGCCCGCGUGCAGGUGACGAGGGCCACGAACCAGAUAGUCAUGAACUGCGCGGACAUCGACAUCAUUUCGGCGUCUUUUGCGUCAGGGGGAAAAGAGAUAAACGCGACGGGGUUCAACUAUCAGAAUGAGGAUGAGAAGGUCACCUUGUCGUUCCCCAGUGCUCUGCAGGCGGGUUCCGGAAUAUUGAAGAUCGACUUUGUUGGAGAGCUCAAUGACAAAAUGAAAGGGUUCUACCGCAGUAAAUAUAUCACUCCUACAGGAGAAGUCCGCUUUGCCGCUGUCACACAGUUUGAGGCUACGGAUGCUCGCCGGGCCUUUCCGUGCUGGGAUGAGCCAGCCAUCAAAGCCACUUUCGACAUCACGCUUAUUGUUCCCAAGGAUCGCGUCGCUUUAUCAAAUAUGAAUGUCAUUGAUCGUAAGCCAUAUCCCGAUGAUGACAACCUUCUGGAGAUAAAGUUUGCAACCACACCAAUCAUGUCCACCUAUCUGGUUGCGUUCGUUGUUGGUGAAUAUGACUUUGUCGAGAGUCAGUCCUCAGAUGGAGUCACAGUGAGAGUCUACACACCCGUUGGAAAAGCAGAACAAGGGAAGUUUGCUCUUGAGGUUGCUACAAAGACUUUACCAUUCUACAAAGACUACUUCAAUGUGCCGUACCCUCUGCCGAAAAUUGACCUCAUAGCUAUUGCUGAUUUUGCUGCUGGUGCCAUGGAAAACUGGGGUCUUGUUACAUACAGAGAGACUGCUCUGCUCAUCGAUCCCAAGAACUCAUGUUCUUCCUCACGACAGUGGGUGGCACUGGUGGUGGGACAUGAGCUGGCACACCAGUGGUUUGGAAACCUCGUCACUAUGGAAUGGUGGACCCAUCUGUGGCUCAACGAGGGCUUUGCCUCUUGGAUCGAGUAUCUCUGUGUGGAUCACUGCUUCCCGGACUAUGACAUCUGGACGCAGUUUGUAUCGGCCGACUACACACGUGCGCUUGAGCUUGAUGCUCUCGACAACAGCCACCCCAUUGAGGUGAAUGUUGGACAUCCGUCUGAAGUGGAUGAAAUUUUUGAUGCGAUAUCAUACAGUAAGGGGGCAUCUGUGAUACGUAUGCUGCACAACUACAUUGGAGAUGAGGACUUUAGAAAAGGAAUGAAUAUCUACCUUACGAAGUUUCAGCAUAAAAACGCUUCCACAGAGGAUCUCUGGGACUGUUUGGAAGAGGCCAGUGGGAAACCUGUGGCUGCUGUCAUGAGCUCUUGGACAAAGCAGAUGGGCUUUCCAAUAAUUGUUGUGGAUCAAGAACAGCAUGGAGAAGACAGUGUGUUGAAAAUCUCUCAGAAAAAAUUUUGUGCCAGUGGACCUUUCAAUGGUGAGACUUGUCCUAACUGGAUGGUCCCUAUAAGCAUCUGCACCAGCGAGGAUCCAAGCAGGCCCAAGUUGACUAUGCUGUUGGACAGCCCUGAGACCACAGUUACCAUCAGCAACUUGGGCCCCAGUCAGUGGGUCAAGAUCAACCCUGGUACAGUGGGCUUUUACCGUAUCCAGUACAGCUCCACCAUGCUGGACAGCCUGCUGCCAGGUAUUCGGGACCUUACCUUGCCUCCUGUGGAUCGACUGGGUCUUCAGAAUGAUCUCUUUUCUCUGUCCCGUGCUGGCAUGAUCAGCACUGCUGAAGUGUUAAAGGUGAUGGAGGCCUUUGUGAAUGAGCCCAACUAUACAGUGUGGAGUGACCUCAGCUGCAACCUUGGAGUUCUGUCUUCACUGCUUUCUUAUACCGACUUCCACGAGGAAGUACAGGAGUUCAUUUGUGAUCUCUUCACUCCUAUUGGUCAGAAGUUGGGUUGGGACAGCAAACAAGGCGAAGGUCACCUGGAUGCCCUACUAAGAGGCCUUGUCCUGGGGAAGCUGGGAAAAGCUGGUCACAAGCCCACAGUAGAAGAGUCCCAUCGGCGAUUUAAGGAUCAUGUGGAUGGCAAAGUGGUCCUUUCUGCUGACCUCAGGAGUCCAGUGUACCUGACAGUGCUGAAGCAUGGAGACAGUGCAACACUGGACACAAUGCUCAAGCUUCACAAACAGGCAGACAUGCAGGAGGAGAAGAAUCGCAUUGAAAGGGUUCUGGGCGCCAUCUCGGAUGCUGAGCUAACCCAGAAAGUCCUGGCCUUUGCUCUUUCUGAGGAAGUGCGUCCCCAGGACACAGUGACUGUGAUUGGUGGUGUGGCCAGCAGCAGCAAACAAGGCCGCAAAGCUGCCUGGAAGUUUGUGAAGGAUAAUUGGGACGAACUGCACAACCGGUACCAAGGAGGCUUCCUCAUCUCUCGACUCAUCAAGCUCACUGUUGAUGGCUUCGUAGACGAGAAGAUGGCUGCGGAAGUAAAAAGCUUCUUCGAGAGCCACCAUGCGCCAGCAGCUGAGCGCACUGUGCAGCAGUGUUGCGAGAAUAUUCUUCUGAACGCAGCUUGGCUGAAGCGUGACGCUGAUGACAUCCAUCAGUAUCUACUGAAGCGCAAGGGUUCCGCUUGCAACCCUGCAGUGUGACCUGAACCCUCAAGACAUGCAUUAUAUGUACACAUACAUACACGCACGCACGCACGCACGCACAUAAACACAGCCUUCAAACUACAGGGGGACAUUCAUACAUGGUUGGACAGGUAUGAACAAUGGUAACUUUCAUGCAAUCAAAAUGAGAAAAGCGCAAACGCCCGUAGAAAAGGAAUGCUGUUACCAUCAUUGCACACUUGUAAUAAGUUGCAUGUCGUCUGCUGGAAUAUGAAUCGUUUGUUGGAAUAUGAACGGUUGUUUGUGAAAGGCUCUUUGUGGCCAACCCGAGGAGCUGAUUCUCCUUCCGGAAAGAGCUCAGACAGUUCCCUCCUUUACAGCGUUUACAGCAUUCUCUGCCUUCACAGGUCAACCUCAGUCCAUUUGUCGUAGGCCUGGACUUUCGGGGGGAAAAGUUAAUUUGAAAUAAGAAAAUAAUUAAAAUGGGAGAUUCUAUGCAAUGGAGUCUGCAGCUGUAUGCCAGAGACCACUGUGCAUGUCAUCGGCACAACUGUUUAAACUUGACCCUCGGCUGUUUCCAGUCACAUCACUGUAGACUGAAAGCGUUCACUUGUGUCAACUGCGGAAAACCUGCGAUGCUGAUCUAAGUAGAUGAGAAUUUUUCCCUUUGAAAAAUUCUUCCUGAUUUUUAAAACAAGCAAUGAUUACAAUUAAUAUGUACUCCGUUACUUUUAGGAUUUGAUCAUUGAAACAUUUUGGAUUAAUCAGUCGUUCAGGCUGUUUAAUUUCAGUGCUAAUUUAUUGUUUUAGGUUUCAAAAAUGCUCAAAUAAAGGGAACUUAUUAGCUCAAAAGCAUUGUACCAGUUCUGUUAUGUGCCGUCAAUUCUAAUUUUAACACCCCUCAGUUCAAAUUUUAAUUUAAUUUAAUUUAAUUUAAUUUAGUGGCACUGACACUUUGCCAGCUCUCUGCUCUUGCAUUCUCAAUAAGAUUUGAAAUACAGUUUCUUCAGUGAAAAGUUUCAUCAGGACAGUUAGAGGCCCCAAAGAGCAGGAUGCAGAACCAGUUGGUAUCAUGUGGCGCUUUUAUGUAUAAAAGUGUACAGCCCAUAUUUUUUUUCAGCUAAACAUUCAUCUUGCUCAAACUGCUUACAUCUGAUAAAACUAUUUUCCUCAUUUUUAGUGUACCUAUAGUAUAUAUUGGAAAAAUAAAUUACAUCAAAAUGUACAUCUUGUUAGGAGUAGUGACAUUGGAGAGAUUGUACAUCACAUCUACGCAUUACACCAUGGAAUUAUAAGAAGUUAAUACCAUAUGCAUAAUUGUUCUAUGUGGUUUCAUUGUGAGUUAUCUCAACUAAGUUAAUGUAAGUUAACGUUAAAGCAGUUGUUUGCACUGAUGCCUUAGGCGCACGAGCGAUAAGUCGUUAUGGUACUCCUCACACUCCUACAGUAUUAAUUUCACAAUUUUUUUCACCAAAGUUUGGCAUCUGCUGUAGAAAAUUGCAUAAAAUCAGACUGAGCACUGCCUGAAAUGGUGUGUAGCUUGAACAAGAGCCAAAGCAAGCAGCAUUUUGCUGCUUUAGAUACGUAAAAACAUGGUAAAUACCACUGAACAGUACCAGGUGAACGCCAAAUGACAUGGCUCUCUCUGCAGCACACCCGUCACUAGAAACGCAUGGCUCUCAACCUUCACUGUAGCUGAACGUCACGUACCAAGAUAGCUGCACAGUUGCGCCAUUAUUGAAAAAGGUAGUAACGUGUGGGCUGUCACAGAUCUGACAAUAGACAGCAAGCAGGGCGGGGCAUGUGAGGCCGGAAACACAGUGUCAAGAACAAGCAGAAACCUUCAGUGGGUGGUGUUCUCGCCAAGCAGCCAAAAACUGCCCUGUAAAAGAGAAGCGGGUGUUCAUGCCCACACCGCAGAUACCACAGAAAUCCGCAGGAGCAGCUUUACCUUGUGACCCAAGCAAAGCUGGUAGCGGUGUCCAUGAUGUUCGCGUAAUGCUUUUGAGCACAAUUGUGAGUGGUGGAGACGUGUAACAUCCUCCAAUGGGUGUUCUUUGGGGUAUAAAGUUUGGAGGAGGCCCAGAGAUGACGGAGCCCUGGGCGUGACGGCACGUACACCACUCGCUCUCCAUGUGCCCCACAGCGACACUUUGGGUGCAGUCAGAUGCCUGGGAGCUCAUUGAAAAUGAGGAAUGUAUUUCAGUGAACAUUACUCUUAUGGAAAGGUCUGCAGACAAAGUGUGCAGUAGGUUUCCUUAAUUCCUGAAGGAGCUGGAGGAGUCCAGCAUCCCACCACACACUUGCUGAGAGGACCCAGUCCCAUCCAGUUCCUUCAUUCACACCGUCUUUUGUGUUUCCCCUCUGCAUACGUGUUCUGUAUAUAUGUGAAGAAUCUAAUCAACAUACUUCCCAAGUAAAUGUGGCAGUGUGUGUUGUCUCAUGUCCUCAGGAGAGCAGUAGAGUUUGCGCCGCAAAAGAAACCUUUCGCUCACAGUUAAAUAAAAUUGAUGUUCUGAACUUCCUUGUUACUUCUGUGAUGAUUACUCUGCUGCCGUUACUGCAGAUUUCCACACAAAUUAUAUGCAACUGUAUUGACCCAUCAAAGCUUUGGACAUAGUCGUAGAUAUGAAUUGGUUGGCAAAAAUUAUUACACUGAGCUGUGGUGAAAAACAGCCCCGUGUCAAAAUUACACAAACGUGAAAUUAGUGUGUUCAAGUAGAAUUUGCAUGUUCACUUGGUCUUACUGGAGAAGGUUGAACUGUCAUGUUUUCCUUGAAUCAGAUGCAAUUUAAUAAAAUAAAAUCGGGAAAAAUCAAAAGUUUAUCAUUCAUGUCAGUGUCUUAAAGAGGUUGCUUCUGGUUGUUGUUUUUUUGAAAAGUGUCGAAAGGGUUAAUGAGCAGAAAUAAUGAAUUUUCGCUGGAAUCUGAUGAGGGCACAGGGCCACAUUUCUGGACAACUAGUUUUCUGCAGAAAGCUGGUGGUUUUGGCCUCACCCAUCGUAGGGUCCCGGUGACAUGUAGACAAGUGAACCGUGGUCGGUUUCUGAUCGCCCCGGUUCUGUUUGAGCUGCAGCCCAGAUAAAUGUCUUAUGAAAGUGUAGGUCACGUCCGUCUCUCAUCCUGCUCUUGCACUGACAGUGAGUCCAGCUGAAGGGAUCGUGUCCAAACCCAUCCUUGUGAGAAUGCCUGAGCUUUUUUACACACUAAUGUGCAGUGUUUGAUGCUGAGUCCCCUGGAUUCCUAGGGGGCUCCUCCAAGGCAGCAGCAAGCAGUGCUGCUACGGCUCUCUUUCCUGGUGUGUGUUCCCUAAGGAAAGGAGGACCAGCCUCUCUGCAGUUGUUUCCAAGGCUCACGUAUAUUCUGUGUCCAGUUCACAGAAUUUUCUGCCAUGUAGUUUCAGCCAAUACUGCCUUUACAGAGAAUACAGGGUUAAUACUUGCAAGAUGAGCUCAGAGAUGAGAACAUGCCUGGGGGGGCACUGAAUGGACCUGCAACAUGAGCUGGCAAAGGGAAGCUAAAAGGGGGGACAAAGGGGGAAUGAAACACCCAUACUUGACACACCCAGAAAGAAAUCUUCCCACAUCCCAUUCUUCUCUCACUGACUGACUUUUAUGGAAAAUUCCAUAAUUUUUCUUUUAUAUAUAAUUUUUCACAGCUCUGAAGAGAUACUUUCUUAUAUGGGGACGUAAGAAUCGAAAGACAUGCUCACGAAAAGUUUUGGGGCAGUUGAUUCUGGAAAGUUGUCAAUAAUGAAGUAUUUUUUACUGUUUUAUGGAUGGGUAUUAAAAAGUUUUAAGAACACUAUCGAUUAAUGCAUUCAAAUAUUAUAGCACAAUUAAAGGAUGUUAGA